AAUAUAAAUUCAGGUACUAGUGUUGUUCACUGGUUGAGCAGGUGCCUAUAUGCCUGAUGGCUGAAAUGCAGUGACCUGGGCUCGAGUCCCCUUCCCUGGCUCUCUCUCUCCCUGUCAAAAAAGGCAAAAAGCCCCCAAAUAAAUAUUUAAAAAGAGUAUAAAUGCAGUGCACAGGAGUAAAAAAUUGGAUUGUGAGAGUGUGCUUCAAGGUAAAUUAAAGGAUUAGAGAGCAAGCAAAGUGAAGGUAAUGGUGGGAAGGUGAUAAAUGAAAACAAUCACUAUCUAAACGUCAACACUUUGAAAGGGAGGUGUUUUCUUAAGUUGCAGUGCAUUUGACCUCUCAGGUCUACUAUAGAUAGGCCUUAGAGUUUAAGAAUUGGUGCCCUGCAUUACAGAUAUGCUGUUGGCUAAACGUACCAGAGAAAGCAAAACAGAAAUGACAAAGACGUGUUUAUUAUAUUCAGGGACAAGCAGAACUUGACAUAGGCAGACUAAAAAAAAAAACAAUUUUUCUCUUAUUUUGCAUAUUCAGUCAUAGGGAAUGAUACUUUCCUGGUUAUACGUAUGCAUAUUUUGGAAGAUUUUCUUUUUGUUUUGUCACUGUGGUGGUAUUGCCUAAAUACUCUACAACUUCCAGAAGUGCUUUGCUUUGGUCUUUAAGUUCUGAUGAAUGCACACAUUGGUUAAGCAUCACCAUGUCAGACACUCCCUUCUGUCUGUCCUCUUCUGCUCAUCUAAUUUACAGUCGUAGGGGGCUGAAGCCAACCCUGGUUGUCACAGGGUGAAAGGAAGGGUAAGCCAUAGACAAAUCAAGUCUGUCACCAAGCCAACACAUAGAGUUGAUGAUUUGGUCUUACUCUUAUAUGUAUUUUUGAUUAACCUAAAAUCAUGAAUGUCUUUGGAAGCCACACAGCCUAAAUCUGAACCCAGGAUCUUUUUGUUUUGAGGGGGUGCUAACCACCACCCAUGAGCAUGCUAGCUUCCCAAUAAACUGUGUUUAAUACAAAAAUCAUAUAAGAACUUCAUUUAAAAACUGAAUAAAGGUGUUGUUGGAUGAGAUGGUAAAGACAUUAAACACUUAAUUGUACCUGCUAAAAUGUUCCACCUUCCUAUCUAUAAGAUCUGAGCUCAUCCUGUUUAUUUUGUCUUUAUCAGGAGAAGGGCCUGUUUAGUGGACUCCUCAAAAAGAUGCCUAAAGCAUCAGCAGGAAGAACUGAUUCACUGGACAGAGAAGCUCAGAAAGAGCUGUUGGCCAGCAAUGAUGACUUGUCUGACAAUAACAUCACCAAGGAGUUGGAGGUAAAUACUGAGGCUCAGUUAUCUGCCAGCUGUGAGAAUGUGAACGACACAACCGUCACAAAGCAGAAAAAAGGAGGCCUGGCUAAAAUUUUAAAAAGAUCCGGCAGCAUUGACAACCUGUUGGAUGAGGGGGAAAAACAUUUCAGUGAGAUGUUCAAGAGAGCUCCAAAACCAGCAGAUGAGGAAACAAACGCAGAUGAAGAACAGAAAUUAUCAACCAGCGAUGAAAACCUGUCAGAAGCAAACACAGCAACGGAAAAAACAGGAGGAUUGGCAGGAUUCUUCAAAAAGUCUCCCAAACCAGCUCCACGCUCUGUCGCUACUCAGGAUCCCCUCUCGAGGCAGCUGUCAGCCAGCUGUGACAGCCUCACAGAUGCAGGAAAGGAGGCGGCUUUGGCAAACAGUCAGCUGUCUGCCAGUAAUGACAAUCUUUUAGAAGCUUCAAGCACCCCAAAGGAGAAAAAAGUCGUGUUCUCUGGGAUCACUGGGAUGUUCAGAAGGACGCCUAAAACUGAGGAGGAACAGGAAGAUGAGGACAUGGAGGCUCCAGCAGGAGGCGGGCUUAGACGCAAGAAGACCAUCAAAAAGAAAAGACGAGUUGUGUCAUUCCGAGUUAAGAAAACUCUUCCUAAAAUUCCCAAACUUGGCCUGGCUUCUCAGACUUCAGAUGAAAUGCCUUGCAUUGAGGAAACUCUUGAGUUGCAGGAGAUGAGCCCAGCACAGUUUGAUUUGUUGACAACUUUAAGGCUUGAAUUUAGCAGUAAAUCGAGUAUUAAUAAUAAUAAUUACAACUUUAUUUGUCAGAUUGACGAGCAUAAUGUUUCUGUUUGUGUCUGUUUCUGCAGGGCGAUGGAGCAGGCAGCUGACCGCGUCUACAUGGCAGCCCGUCUUUUUGUGCGUCUUUUCAACCAGCGCGGGGCGUCCUUACAGCAUCGCAUCCUGGAGCUUUUGGCUAUGGCGGACGCCGCGGAUGAGUUCCAUAAGAAGACGGUGUCGGCCGCUGUGGGCGGAGGCGUGGCCAGCGUCGCGGGUAGCGUCACCACAAUCACAGGCCUCAUUCUGGCGCCUUUCACUUUUGGCGCCUCUAUUAUUGUGACAGCAGUGGGGAUCGGUGUGGCGACGGCAGGCAGCAUCACGUCAGCGACGGCUAAAAUCACAGAUACGGUCCACUCCAGCAUGGACCGUAAGAAGAUGGAGAAAAUGAUCCAGGGCUACCAGGAGGAGAUCAAAGUUAUCAGAGAGUGCAUGGAGUUUGUGCAGAUUGGUCUUGACACCCUGCAGGAGUGGGAUUUUGAAAAAUACGCUCAAAGUGCUGCCAAAAAAGCUAUGAACCACAACAUUAAACACGUGAUGAAAGAGGGAGGCCGCGCGGGAAAAGCCCUGAUGAUCAACACCAACCAGGUCGUCAGCACCGUGCAGGUUUUAGGUAGGGCAGGCGGCAUAGCCAAGGCCGCUCAGGCCAUCAGCGUCACCACAGGCGUCAUGUCGGCACUCUUUUUGGCUUUGGAUGUUUUCUUCCUCGCUAAAGACUCUCAUGAGCUUCGCAAGGGUGCCAAAACCAAAUUUGCCACUAAGAUCAGAGAGGUAUGUAAGGACCUUCAAGAUGGCCUCCUGGAGCUCAACAGGGUGAAGACGCAGCUGCAGAAGACGAUGGACGGCAUUGAGGUGGAGGAGUUUGAGGAGGUUGAGGAGGUGGAAGUAGAGGUUGAGGACGACUUGGUGUCUGAUCCAAAGAAGCUGGCUGAGCUGGAGCAGGAGUUGGACCUCCUGGAGGAGAAAGUGGACAAGAAGGUCGUAGAGGUUGAGAAGAAGGGUAAAGAAAUGGAGAAGGAAAAUUCAAAAAUUAAAAAGGUGAAGAAAGAGGAGAAGAGCAUAAAAGAGAAAGAUGAGAAGGAGAAAAAGGAG